CGAUGCUGGCGCUCGUCACGAGGAACAACACAGACACCUUGCUAGCCGCCUGGACGUCUACUGCUUCUUCGCGUGCUUAUCGCUGUUGAUUUCGCUAGUUCAGCGGUGUUAAAUUUAAUCCCCCAAACUAACCGAAAGCCAUUGAAACUUUAGGGACGAUAAUGGCAAUCUCCAAGCAGCUGAAGCUGUUGCUUACCAGCGGCUCGCUUAUCGCAGCCGCGCUGGCCAGUCCCGUACAGAAGCCACUCAACGACGACGACAUCGACGACACACCACUGCCUCUCGUCAUCUGGCAUGGCCUAGGAGACAGCUACUCGGCCGCGGGCCUCCGCGAAGUCGGCGCCCUUGCCGACGCCAUCAACCCCGGCACGCUCGUCUACUUUAUCCGUAUGGACGAUGACGGCAGCCGCGAUCGUUCCGCCACCUUCCUCGGCAACGUGACCGAGCAAGUUGCCAAAGCCUGUGCCGACAUCGCCGCGCACCCGAUCCUUUCUACAGCGCCCGCCAUCGACGCCCUCGGCUUCAGCCAAGGCGGCCAGUUUCUGCGGGGGUACAUCGAGCGUUGCAACAAUCCACCCGUCCGCAACCUUGUUACUUUUGGCUCCCAACACAACGGCAUCAGCGCCUUCCGCGACUGCCCCUGGUCCGACUGGGUUUGCCGCGGCGCCAUGGCGCUGCUCAAGGGUAACGCCUGGACGCAGUUUGUCCAGAGCCGGCUCGUACCCGCGCAGUACUAUCGUAACCUGGACGAGUACGAGCAAUAUCUUGAGCACUCCAAUUUCCUAGCGGACAUCAACAAUGAGCGGAUGUUCAAGAACCGGACCUACAGGGAGAACCUGGCCAAGCUGGAGAAUCUGGUACUGUACAUGUUUGAGGACGACACGACGGUGGUACCCAAGGAGACAGCUUGGUUUGAAGAGGUUAAUGGCACCGAGAUCACGCCCCUCCGUGCGAGGAAGAUGUACUCGGAGGACUGGAUCGGGCUGCGUGAGUUGGAUCGCAAAGGCGGAUUGCACUUCCGCACGGCGCCGGGCGAUCAUAUGCAGCUUACGGACCAGUUGCUGAAUGAGACGUUUGCCGAGUUCUUUGGGCCGAUAAAGAAGGCCAAGAAGAGUGCUCCGAGGCCGCUUAUGCUUGGGGGCGGUGACCUCUGACGACGAUGCAUAGGUGGUUUUGGUCGAAGGUACCUUGUGGAACUUUGAGGGGUGGUUGCCUCUUCAAUAUAUAGCAGCAGCUCUGUUUUAGGCAUUUUUUGGGGGUUGGAUUCAGGACAAUUCGAUCAUCUCAAGGGUUGGAGUCAUGGACAUUGGAUAAUUAAUGGUAAUGGGAACAGGGCAUAGGAUUUUAUUGACAUUGGGACCUAAAGUAAUGGUCAAUCGCUGUUCACCAUGGCAAGUAUGAACCUCGGCUGUUCUUCAACAGUUUAAGUGCUUGCAUCACUACCAAGCAAGGGAUCGAUCUCCGCCCUGACUAAUGACGAAAACACAAUUAUAAUGCAAGGUACGGGGUGGGCUUUGAGACAGCGCAUGGCAUGCUCUUUGAGUGUGAGUCGAACAAGAUGGGGGGUUGAAGAGAGCGGUUGACCCGAAAUUUUGAUCGAGAUAGUCAUCAAGUCAAUUUAUAGGAAACACCAUUGAUAGGCAUGUGGUGGGUAGAGGUAGUGAGCCUGUAUUCAGUCCAAGUAGGAGAGCUGUACUGAAGCCCAAGUGAAAACAGCUCGAGAACUCGAGAUGGCGCAAAAG